GCAAACGGUAACUCGCAAGGGUCAUUACAAGGCGGGCGAAUUCUCCGGGAGAAUUGUUUCCUUGAUGGUUCACGGGUUUACAGCGCUAGACCGCGAGCUCGCGGCGGGUCGGGCGGCGCCAGCUGUCACACCGGCACUCUCCUUCCUAUAUUUGGAUUGCGUGACCCAUUUCCUUCCUUCCGUCCUAGGGGAACCCGGCUGUGGGCUGGUGGCGAGUUCGGCUUGCUGAUUGAGUCCAUCAGCAAUGGCAGCCCCAACUAUGAAAGAGAGGCAGGUUUGUUGGGGAGCCCGGGAUCAGUACUGGAAGUGUUUAGAUGAGAACAGAGAGGACUCUUCUAAAUGCAAGAAGUUAAGAAGCUCAUUUGAGUCAAGUUGUCCUCAACAGUGGAUAAAAUACUUUGAUAAAAGAAGAGACUACUUAAAAUUCAAAGAAAAAUUUGAAGCGGGACAAUUCCAGCCUUCAAACACAACUGCAAAAUCCUAGGCUGUUCCUGUUUUUCAGAAAAGUUGAAGCCAUUAUUUAUGGACAUUCAACAAUUCUCCAUUGACUUCAGGACAGUAGUACUGAUGGUAAACAUCAGAACUUGAUCCUUGUAUACAACACUUAACCUAAAAAUGAUGAGGUAACCAAAAAGCCCACCAUUCAAA